AUGAGUGGCGAUCUCCAGCCGUGGGCCCUGCCCCGGCUCCAACGGCUGCUCCCCAUCGACGACGGCUCGCUGAAGGAGAUCAUCACGUAUACAUCGAGCCUUCCAAAGGCUGCAGCUGCCGAUCAUCUCAAGAACCUACUGGGCGACUCACCGCAAGCCCUGGAGUUCAUCUCGUCCUUCAACGCGAGACGGGCAAAUAUCUCAUCCGAUCCGGCUCCAUCCUCAGUCUCACGCGGCGAAGAUGGUUUCCCACCUCCGAAGAAGAAAUCAACGAAGAAAUCAAAGCCUCCUCUCCACUCUACAGGUCCUGCACGCCGUCCUGAAGGCUACGGCAACGUGGCUGGUGGAUACAAAAAACACUACGAGGACGAUAGCCAUUCUUCAACCCAGAGACCAACAUCACGCGACCACAGCGCCGCUCUUCUCUCAGAAACACCUGAGGCGUGGCAAGCACCGUUUUUAACAGAAAGCCAGACCGCGGGCCUGCCGUCUGGAGACGUUUCACCAGCUAAACCGUCACAGAAGCUACCACCAUCCGCAUCUGGGCAGCUGAUAUCUGACUUCGGGUUUGCAAAUGUGCGGGCGAAGCAGUCCAAGAGGCCUGUGCAUGCCACCCACCCACAACCACAGUCUGGAACCUCGACACCGAACAAGGCCGGUGCCACGACAACUACGUCAAGCGUGGCCGACUUGACAGCAGCCAUCGCGGCUCUGGAGCUCGCUACAAAUCCGACGUUGUCUACCAAGAGGAGAAAAUGCGAUUGCAACGCUUCAAUACAUCCUCUAUUUACAACCGCACCAAACUGUCUCAACUGUGGAAAGAUCAUAUGUGCCUUGGAAGGACUUCAGCCUUGUUCGUUCUGCGACACGCCGUUACUGACCAAAGACCAAGUCAACGACAUGAUAAAGGCGUUGAAGGAGGAACGAGGGAUCGAGAAAAUGGCGGCCCACAAUGCUGCACAAGCUCAAUCAGGCAGGGGCACGCCGGUCUUUGGUGGUUCGACACCAGACAGUGCUUCUGGAGAUGAGUUGUCCUCUGCGGCUUCUCGGGCUCGAGCGCAUCGAGAUAAGCUGUUGGCAUUUCAACGGGACAACGCACAACGGACGCGAGUGUAUGACGAAGCCGCAGACUACGAUAUGAGUUUAACACCGGGUGCCACGCAGUGGAUGAGUCCCGUCCAGCGGGCUGCGGCACUAAAGAAACAGCAGAAGUACCUGCGGGAGCUGGAAGAGGCCAGCCGUCCGGAAUGGGAAAAGAAGAGGACGGUGAUGAGCAUGAGUAUCAAGAAUGGGAAGCUGGUCAAGACAUACGGGCACGGGAAAGUACCGACAGCGGCCGAGAAAGACGAGUCGGCCGCGCCUACGGAUGAUGAGGACGAAGGCGACAGUCAAGACCAACACCUUAGUCUUGGUGGCAAAGACGCCUUCAGCAACAACCCUUUGCUGGCUACUGGGAAGCUCAUCCGUCCCGUGUGGAAGGCUCCCGAGGGAUCCGAGAAAGGCAAGAGCGCUGACACAGAUGGUCAGGUCCCAAGGAAAAGUGUGUGGAGAAGAGUUCAGGAUGACAAUGUUGAUAACGAGCACUGGAUCUUGGAUGGAGGCCUGCAUGGAUCCGGAACAGAGAGUACUACUUAG